CUCGGCCCGCCCCGGCCUCGGGAGCCGCGCCGGCGACGCUCGCCAGGUUGUGCCACCUCGCGGGAAGGAGGGGAGCGCCUCUGCCGGGGGCGCGCGGAGCCGGCUGUCUCUGAGGUCGCGGCUCAGCCGAGCGCUGGGGAACUCCGUUCAGCGGCCCGGCGCCUCGGCCGCGCGGCUGGCAGGCCCGGAGGCGGCGGGGACCCGAGCGGGGCCGCGAGCGGCAGCGCGCCGCCUCCCCCCGGUGGGAGCGGUGGUUGGGCCCGGCUGCGGCAGAACGUUCGCUCGGAGAUGGCGGAGCCGCCGCGACGCGGCCCGAGGCCCCGAGAGCAGGGAAGCCGGGCAGCCCCGGGACGUGGCGGAGCCCGGGGACAGCGGGGACGCCGCCCAGUCCGCCGGGUCCGAAGCUAAAAUGCAGUGGUUAAGAGCAGGGCUGGAGCUUGACAGGUCUGACUUUGAAUCCCAGUUCCUCCACUGACUGAGCUGUGUGAUCCUGGGAGCUUGUUCUUGGAGAACAAACCAUCCUGUGAGCAGGAGGUUGUGAGGAACUCUGACAUCUGAUGUGAGGAGCUCAACCAAGACCAAAGGUGGAGCCUAACUAGAUUUGCAUCCUGAAGGCAUGGGCCAGUGGGCCAUGGUGACCUGAGACCAAUGAACUCUGUCCAGUUUCCCCCUGUUGCCCUUUCUACCUCCUCUACCCUAUACUAAGGGGACUUGUUUCCACCUUUGCAGGGAGCUGACCCUGCGGGAAUCCCUGUCCCCUCUUCAUAUCCUUCUACCCUCCCAGAGAGCCUCAGCCUAUAGAACUCCUACCUCCCAUCCCCUGAGGUGGUCCCCAUCCCUGCCUCACCUCCCCGCCAUGCUCAAGCUGUGGAAGGUGGUACGCCCAGCUCGGCAGCUGGAACUGCACCGCCUCAUACUGCUGCUGAUUGCUUUCAGUCUGGGCUCCAUGGGCUUCUUGGCUUACUACGUAUCCACCAGCCCCAAGGCCAAGGAACCAAUGCCCCUCCCCUUGGGAGACUGCAGCAGUGGUGCGGCAGGUGGUCCUGGCCCUGUACGGCCUCCAGUUCCACCCCGGCCCCCCAGGCCUCCAGAGACAGCGCGGACUGAACCCGUGGUCCUCGUGUUUGUGGAGAGUGCAUACUCGCAGCUAGGGCAGGAGAUUGUGGCCAUCUUGGAGUCUAGCCGUUUUCGUUAUAGCACUGAGCUGGCACCUGGCCGAGGGGACAUGCCCACACUGACUGAUCAUACCCGUGGCCGGUAUGUCUUGGUCAUUUAUGAGAACCUGCUCAAGUAUGUCAACCUGGAUGCCUGGAGUCGGGAACUACUAGACCGGUACUGUGUGGAGUAUGGUGUGGGCAUCAUUGGCUUUUUCCGAGCCCAUGAGCAUAGCCUACUGAGUGCCCAGCUCAAGGGCUUUCCGCUUUUUCUACAUUCAAACUUGGGGCUUCGGGACUACCAAGUGAAUCCUACAGCUCCACUCCUGCAUCUCACACGUCCCAGCCGCCUGGAGCCUGGGCCACUACCCGGUGAUGACUGGACCAUCUUCCAAUCCAACCAUAGUACCUAUGAACCAGUGCUUCUCGCCAGCCUUCGGCUGGCUGAGCCCCCUGUGCCAGGACCAGUGCCUCGCCGGGCCCGGCUUCCCACUGUGGUGCAGGACCUGGGGCUUCACGACGGCAUCCAGAGGGUGCUCUUUGGUCAUGGCCUCUCCUUCUGGCUCCACAAACUAGUUUUCGUUGAUGCCGUUGCAUACCUCACUGGCAAGCGCCUCUGCUUGGACCUUGACCGUUACAUCUUGGUAGACAUCGAUGACAUCUUUGUGGGCAAGGAAGGUACCCGCAUGAAGGUGGCUGAUGUUGAGGCCCUGUUGACCACCCAGAACAAACUCAGGACCUUAGUCCCCAACUUCACCUUCAACUUGGGCUUCUCGGGCAAGUUCUAUCAUACUGGGACAGAGGAGGAGGAUGCUGGGGACGACAUGCUGCUGAAGCACCGCCAAGAGUUCUGGUGGUUCCCCCACAUGUGGAGCCACAUGCAGCCACAUCUGUUCCACAAUCGCUCCGUGCUGGCUGACCAGAUGAGGCUCAACAAACAGUUUGCUCUGGAGCAUGGGAUUCCCACGGAUCUGGGGUAUGCUGUGGCCCCCCACCACUCCGGCGUGUACCCCAUCCACACACAGCUCUAUGAAGCCUGGAAAUCUGUGUGGGGCAUCCAGGUGACCAGCACUGAGGAGUAUCCCCAUCUCCGCCCUGCCCGCUACCGCCGUGGCUUCAUUCACAAUGGCAUUAUGGUGCUGCCGCGGCAGACAUGUGGCCUCUUCACUCACACAAUCUUCUAUAAUGAGUAUCCCGGAGGCUCUCGUGAACUCGACCGGAGCAUCCGAGGUGGAGAACUCUUUCUGACAGUGCUGCUUAAUCCGAUCAGCAUCUUUAUGACCCAUCUGUCUAAUUAUGGAAAUGAUCGGCUGGGCCUGUACACCUUUGAGAGCCUGGUGCGCUUUCUCCAGUGCUGGACGAGGCUGCGCCUACAGACCCUUCCUCCUGUCCCUCUCGCACGAAAGUACUUUGACCUCUUCCCUCAAGAGCGAAGCCCCCUUUGGCAGAAUCCCUGUGACGACAAGAGGCACAAAGAUAUCUGGUCCAAGGAGAAAACCUGUGAUCGGCUCCCCAAGUUCCUCAUUGUGGGACCCCAGAAGACAGGGACCACAGCUAUUCACUUCUUCCUGAGCCUGCACCCAGCUGUGACUAGCAGUUUCCCUAGCCCCAGCACCUUUGAGGAGAUUCAGUUCUUCAACGGCCCUAAUUACCACAAGGGCAUUGACUGGUACAUGGAUUUCUUCCCUGUCCCUUCCAAUGCCAGCACUGAUUUCCUAUUUGAAAAAAGUGCCACAUACUUUGACUCAGAGGUUGUACCACGGCGGGGAGCUGCCCUCCUGCCACGAGCCAAGAUCAUCACUGUGCUCACCAACCCUGCUGACAGGGCGUACUCCUGGUACCAGCAUCAGCGAGCACAUGGAGACCCAGUUGCUCUGAACUAUACCUUCUACCAGGUGAUUUCAGCCUCCUCCCAGGCCCCUCCAGCACUUCGUUCCCUACAAAACCGUUGUCUUGUCCCCGGCUACUAUUCCACUCAUCUACAACGCUGGCUGACUUACUACCCCUCUGGACAGUUGCUGAUUGUGGAUGGGCAAGAGCUGCGUACCAACCCAGCUGCCUCAAUGGAGAGCAUCCAGAAGUUCCUGGGUAUCACACCCUUUCUGAACUACACACGGACCCUCAGGUUUGAUGAAGAUAAGGGAUUCUGGUGCCAGGGACUUGAAGGUGGCAAGACUCGUUGUCUAGGCAAGAGCAAAGGCCGGAAGUACCCAGAUAUGGACACUGAGUCCCGCCUUUUCCUUACGGAUUUUUUCCGGAACCACAAUUUGGAGCUGUCGAAGCUGCUGAGCCGGCUUGGACAGCCGGUGCCCUCAUGGCUUCGAGGAGAACUGCAGCAUUCCAGUUCGGGCUGAUGUAUCAGUCUCUUGUACCAGCAAAAGCCCCCUGCUUCCCUAAGGGGCAAGCCCAGAGCAGGGCGGCCCACAAGGGGAUUAGAGUGGCCUGGUCCCUCCCCCUUCUACCUCAGUGGCCUUUAGGCCUGGGAUGGCUGAGAAGGGUAGGGCAUCCCUUUCCCAGUUUUGGGGUAUAAUAAAGGGGAUUCCCUUGAUACCCUGCAAGAUGGUACUAGGCACCUUUGGCCCAUGGUCUUGAAAGGUGGAGGGAAUGAGAGGGUCCAGGCAGGGGGUAGAGGAACGUAUUAAUCCAGUGCUUUCCCUCUUCAUCCCCAGCAGUGUAUCUAUCUAUACUGGCUAUGGGAAGGACCCCUUACCAUGGGAUCAAUGGGAUCUACCUGUGGCCCGGCCUCCCUAAUGUCAUUCACAUUGAAUGGGGAUGAGGUCGGACGAUGGCUCAUAGAGCUGAGUAUGAGCCCUAGCUAUGGGCUAGAAAUGACUUUAAUAAACGUCCUUAUUUUUCUGUUU